CUUACGAAAGACGUAUUCAGGCAUAAUGUUGGCGUCUAAUACGCUUGUUGCAACUUUUGUCCUGGUUUUGCUUAUUUCUUUUACAGAGAUCAGUCAAGGAAGUGAAAAUCAACCAAACAGCGUAAAUGAAGAUACCUUGAAGCUUUUUAGCGAAAACAAAUUCAGAAACAAGCGUGAUGAUGACGGUGGUAUUAGCUUAAAAUCAAUUUUACAAGUGGCCCAGCUUGUUCGCCAGGGCGUCAAUCCAUGUUUGCCUAACUCAAAGCACCAUCAUGAUAUCCCACUUCCACCAGGAGUUAUGUCUUCAGUUUGCAAGUACAUAACUUCGCAGUGGCCAUGGCUAUUGCCUGAAGCUGGACGGCCACCAAGGAAUGUGCAGUGUGGCACGAAAAAGGCCGGUUCCAGAAUUGUAGGGGGCACAGACGCCCAGCCAGGGUCUUGGCCAUGGCAAGUGUUAUUGGACAAUAAGGCGUUUAAGGGUCCUGUUUGGUGUGGAGGCUCCAUUCUUACCCCGUACUGGGUCGUUACCGCCGCUCACUGUUUCGAUUUUGGAAAAGAUCCCGCGACUUUUACUCUGACCGUAGGUGAACAUGAUCUUCGUAAAGCGGACGGAACCGAGCAAGUUAUCCCAAUUGACCAAAUCAUCAUACAUCCUAAAUAUAACCCGCCAGUGACUGGGCCCGACUAUGACGUGGCAUUGAUCAAAUUGAAGAAACCAAUCACGUUCAACAAUGACGUAAGACCUGUAUGUCUGCCCACCAAGGAUUUUCCUCCUGGAACUAAUUGCUAUGUCACUGGAUGGGGCGAUACACGGGAGCAGGGAAAUAUUGCACAGAUUUUGCAGCAAGCCCAAGUUCCUCUUGUACCACGUGACACUUGUCGGCUAGCAUACAGCGACCUCGGAUUGCCCGUUACGAAACGCAUGCGCUGUGCAGGUUUCUCUCAGGGAGGAGUUGAUGCAUGCCAAGGAGACAGUGGAGGUCCGCUGGUCUGUCCAAGAAAUAGCAAGUGGUAUCUUAUGGGUAUCGUCAGCUGGGGCGUUGGUUGUGCGCGUCCAAAUAGAUUCGGAGUGUAUUCUGACGUGUUGGCUCUUAAGUCCUGGGUGGAGGAAACAAUGAAUUCAAACCCAACUCCAUGAUUGUAGAAGGCAGUAAAGGGAUUGAAAUUGUCGGUUGAGGACUAGCUCAUGUUUCAUGGAAAAUAAAACAAUCACGGCAAAUUAACAAAAUAAUCUUGCUUAACGGUUAAUUAUUCGGGUAAAUCACGAUUUGGGUUACAUUUCACGAGAAAUCCGAUUAUAUUUAACGAUAAAAUAACUCCUAAAUAACUUAAUCCUUUAAGACUAAUGCAUUAUAUAUUAGUAAGAAUCAUGGAUUAGCUGAGUGCGUUCGAGUCAAUAAAGUUAAAAGCAUUGGA